ACUUCAUCCACCAUGCAGAGGGUAUCUGAUUCAGUUACAUCGAUCUUCCACUUGGAAACUAAGGACGAACGCCUUGCCACCUGCCUGCAAGGGGGUUCGACCAUAGUUUACAGCGAAAAGUUUGGAUUGGGGUGGCGCUUUGGGCUGCAGUACACAGGUUGGACUUUUGCUAAAGUGAAGGUUUACCUUGAUCACACCCAUUGCCCGUCGGCGACAGACGCCGCCACGGUGACUGUUUGCCUUAAAGACUCGGAUGGGUCUGGUUCAUCUGCAGAGGUUCCUUCUUUUGAUAGCAGAACGAUCUCGAUUGUUGACUUUGGCCAUGGCCCACCCGCACCUCUUGGCUCGUUCUCGCCGUCCACUAUUAUUGCACACCCUUACAUGUGGUUUACGGUCACUACGAAAGCAAACUUUACUCCAGUUAUUGCUGACCCCCUCAUCAAUACUGCGUCUGCUCUCAGGCAGUCCAUGAACAACGGUGAAUUCGCUAACGCCAAGUUCUAUGCCAUGUCCAAGCAUAAAACUGGGAGAUCUCCAGGAAAAACUUGUUUCGUAUAUGCGAAUAAUGUAGUUUUGGGCUACGGCGCUAGCCUCGCGCCAGUUCUCCCUUCAUUAUUCGUUCACUACCAGAGCGAAUCCGAGCUGAUGUGGGACGCCGAGCAGUAUGAUUAUAGCCUCGACAGCGACAUCGAGGAAGAAGAAGAGAAAGAGAAAGAAGAGGUGAAAGAGAACCCGAAACCCAAAUCUAAAUCUAAACCGAAACCGAAAUCGAAACCGAAACCGAAAGGAAAAGAACAAGGAGCGCCUAGCCAGCCCCCACCAUAUCGUUAUAGCCAGAGCUAUUCCCCUGGAGCGGCACCUUCUGAAUCUGAGUUCGAUGCAUCUGAUACCACUUCCGAUAGCAGUGCUUUAAGUUCGGAUGGUGACGACUUCAGCUGGACGGAAUGGGCGGCUACGCGGCAUCCAGGUUUCCGCUCGACGGACACAUUGAGGGCUGAGCCACUGCCUCAACCCUUUUCUUCGACCCAGCAAAUGGUGUUGGUUCGGAACACGGCAUACGCAACCUGGGCAUCCUACGUAUACUAUUGCUACACUGGCCAGGUUUCUUUCUACCCUCUGAAGUCCAAAGAUCCGCUCAGCCGGCGCAACAACACAACUCAAACUUUACGCUGUUCUCCCAAGUCGAUGUACCGACUCGCCGUCAAGCUUAAGAACGCACGUUUGGAAGCUCUGGCGUUCGAGGCAAUCAAAUCUAGUUUAUCCCAGAGCAAUAUUUUGGAUGAGGCGUUCUCAUGGUUUACAGCUCAGUACCCCGAUAUGCGACAAAUGGAACUAGAACUCCUAUUGAAGUUCCGCAGCGCACCUGAAGUAUCAAAUCGUCUGGGGAAGGUCCUUAAAAGUGUUUCCCGAGGAGAAAAGCCUUAUGCACUUGCUAUGCUUGAGGCCUUUUUAGCAAGUUUGACACGGCAGGAGGCGGGUGGUACACAGUGAAGUCACAAUAGGCAUUCUAUCACUUGAUCAGUGUUGUACUUGUAAGUCGUGUUAUUUCAAUGUUGUCCUUGUGUUGUUGUCUUGUUUUUCACAUCUCAUCGUACGUCACGGUGUUGAAAUUUGCUAUGUAUGUACAAGGUUUACCGACCUGCUGUAACGUUUACUACUGUUAACGACUUGCUUGACGAAAUCUACACAUGUUAAAA